UACCGGGACAGUUUGCGGUGUUGUUUCCACUCAUCCGCAUCGCUUUACCCAUUCAUAAAAUCCAUUUUUCUGUCCUGUGUAUUCCAGUGUGACUCGUGUCAGCGAUUGAAAAAAAUAGUGAAGCAGUUAUUAAAGUAAAAAAAAAAAUUAUAACAAUUGAUUGAAGUUCUUACGGAUUGUGGGGCCGCCUGGCCAUUGAGUUGUAUGAGAGACAGAGAAUAAUAAAAAACCAAGUCAGAGUGAAAGUCGAUUUCGUGUUACCGUGGAGGUAUUAUACGUCAAGGAAUCGGCCUUCCACCUGUGUAUUCACUCGUUGAACCGUGACAACCGGGGCAAAGGUGGAAGUGUACUAGAGAGGAUUCACCGGGGGAUAAAAGAUCUUUUUUGCAAUUGAUCUUGCGGGGAGAUAAUGGAGAUUAUGUUGGGGUGAUUUGGUGGAGGGGGAGGUUCUAACGGCCAGGCGGCCUUCACUUGCCUUCCGGUGUGAAGGGGUUUUUCUUUUUAUAUUACUCGGUGGAUGAUUUGAGUCACAUUGGAGCAGAGGAAUCAUGAGCUUGCUGUCGUCAUCGAUCAUACGGAGGCUGGGCGAGGAGGAGGCUGAUCACAAUAUGCUGCAGGACCUUCAAUUGGCAGCUGAACUUGGUAAAACCCUCCUAGACCGCAACAAAGAGUUAGAGACUAAUUUAAAGACCCAUCAAGCAACAAUUGACGAACAGGCACAAGAAAUUGAGUAUAUGAAAAAACAGACGGCAGCCCUCCGAGAAGUCAACGACUCGAGACUCAAAGUUUAUGAGCAACUGGAAGUCAGUAUUCAGGACUUGGAACGUGCCAAUCACAGACUCGUUGUUGAAAAUACAGCUGACAAAAAAUUAAUCAAAAGCCAAUGUUUGACCAUCGAAAACCUCGAGGCGAAGCUUGACGAAUUACAGAAAAAACUUGACGAGCUAAAGCAUCAGCAUGACAAUCUUAUGCGACAACAACAAAAUUCAAAUCAGCCUACUGACACACAGUCCUCGACUACCUGGAAGGGCACGAUAUCGCAAGAUGGCGGCAUACAACAGAGCGCUGCCAGAAGCCCAUCAAAGUCCUCUCCAGUACCGUUGACGGAUGGUAUCCGUGUGACAACCAACACAUCAAACGCGGACGAAGAAGUUACUGAAUUACUGAGACAAUUGCAAGAGACACGUAAUCAGAGGGCGAGGGAACAGAAGAGGGUCAAUGAGUUGCGUGAACAGCUUGAGACUCUUUUGAAGGAGAACAAUUCACUCGAGGAUCAGCUUAAUGAGUGGAGAAAUAAGGCACAAGAUAUGAAAAAUUUGCAAGAAGAAAUUAACACAUUGGAGGAAGUCAGACAGGGGAAAUUAUGCGGUCGUUGUCUUCGUGGUUGUGACACACGUACCCAUGAUGAAUUAUCAAUAAUGCUCGAUCAAGAGGAGGACGAUGAUCUUAGCAUUGCCGAGUCAUCUCUUAACGACAGCCAUCGUGAAUCCGAUGUGGUGGUGCAGGAGCCAACCCCCGCCAAUGGCCUCUCGCCGGAGAUGGACGUGAACCCCUACCGCGUCCUAGUCGAGAAAUACGAGGCGCUGCUCGAGGUCCAACGUCAGCCAGCGCGUCGUAAGCCGAGCAUUCCCACGCCCUGCAUGUCCCUCCAGGAGGAACUCGAGAUGUCCGGUGACUUCAACAGUUUCCAGACACAGCCCUCCGACGAUAACCCCGAGCUGAACGACCCCUCAAAACAAAACGGCACCAGCUUCCGGUCGCGAGACUGUCGAAACGGGAAGAAGCCAUUCUCAGCGACUCCGACAGACUUCUCAGAGGCCGAAACAUCGUCAUCAGGCUUCUCCGACGAAACCAGCAACAAGGGUACACAGACAGAAGGUCGACCCGGCUCAUUCCUCUGCUCAAUAGCUGAUGACGAUUGCAAAUUCAGUAUUUACGACGACACGAGCUCCUUCGAGAGUCGAUUUAACAAAGCACCAGAGUAUCGUCAACUCUUUAGAGAGAUAUUUGGAGUUCUGAAGAGAGCAGCUGAGGCUAAAGACGAGGGUGAGAAGCUACCCUUGCUCGACAAUACGACGCAAUCGUCGGAGAACAGAACUCUAGACGACUCUGGGGAGAACGAUGACACAAUGAGUGUCAUGUCGUCAGUCAUAUCAUCAGUCGUCUCUGAACCUGUCAUCAGGAUUCAAACCCCAACGCCUGAGAAAGGGGAGGAGGGAAAGACUGGUGGUAGUGCGGGCAAGAGUGAGCAUCAUGUUACCAGACAUCCUCACAAAAGACAUCAGCAGUAUGAUUAUCUGUCUGUUCAGGUGAGGAAGAAGAACACAGCGAAGAAAAGUGCCCAGAAAAAGUUGAACUUCAAUGACAGAUCAACAACACCAGACAUCGUGCCAAGUCAAAAUCCGAAAUUCUUGCAGGCCAAGUCAAACAGCGGUGGUAGACGACAAAAAUUCCGACCACUAACACAAGCUGAACAGGAUGGUACUGUUUGGAAUGGUAACACAAUUCACGUAUUCUCGAGUAGAACGAGAGAAUCACCAACGAGUCGUAGAAUAAAUGGACACAAUCGACACAAUGAUCAGCACAAUUCCACAACAUUGGACUACAGUAGGGAAUAUAAACCAUCCUCAGCAUCUGAGGAAGUUGCCAGACUCAGAAGACUCGAAAUGUCUUAUGCUGAGGCUCUGAGAAUGCCAAACAAACCAAAAGCCAAUCAUUCACGUAGACAUUAACAAAUUCCAAUGCAUUCAAAAAUCCACUAAAACUGAAAAAAAAGAAGUUUUAACAGUGACAACAAAUAUUCAGCAAUUUAAAUCAGUUCAGAGAAAAUGUCACAUUUGUUUUUCAAAUUUAAACCCUAGAAUUGUGCAAUAUGAGUUCGAAGAAAAAAAAUCGGUGAAAUCGAGGGGAUUUUUCUUCAAUAUCAGCAUGCAGUGACAUUUUUUCUGGGUGUAGUCGAGUCUACUGAGUGGAUUUAAACUAAACAACGUAAUUUAAAUAGCAGAAUAAAUAUUAAAUUAUUGAUUCAGUAUUUGAGUCUCCCAAAAUCGAAUUUUUUGUAAAUAUUUUUUGUUUGUUAUGGUUCAGUGACUUUCUGUACUUGAUUUAUGUAUUAUUUUCUCCUACAAGUUUGGCCCGACUAAUUUUUUCUAUAACUUUUCUAUGUCCAAUUAACGCGACGUGACACUCGAAUGUUUUUUUACUACAAUUUUAUGUGAGAUUCAUUGAAUUAUGUGGGGGAAAAAUUGUUUAUGUUCUGUUUUUGGGACUCAAGUAAAUAUUUAUGUGCCAUCUAAUAUAUUUUAAAAAGAGUUGAAAACUCAAAAUUGUCACAUGACAAACGUGAAAAUUCUUUUGAUAGAUUCAAAUGAUCGAGGGAAUUUGCAUCAUGAGAAUAUUUUUCAGUGCACGUCGAUGAACUUUCUCCUCCUGUAUUUAAGGUACCAAUUAGCUUUUGUAUUUUUCUUCAGAGUUAAAGGAAGGACUUACUACUUUGUGAUCAUUCUUGUACAAGUAAAUAAAAAUUCUCUACCAUAAA